UUGUAUAUGGUGACCACCAUUCUGCGAACUCCAUUCCUCAUUCUAAUAUAAAUGAAAUUUCGGUGGUGUCUUCGUCUUGCAAAGUUUAUUUUUUCCUGGCUCUGAAUAAAUUUCCGGAGCCGGCACUGCCAAAAACAAAAUUACCACCGCGUUUUGAGAUUUCGGGAGAUUGGCUUUUACUGAUAAAUUACAUAAAGCUAGAAACUUCCCUGUACAACGUGGCUAUUCCUCGGUCUGAAUCAACCAAAACCCCAAAUCUCAUGAUGGUGAAGAAGCGCGGAAUAGUUUGGAACUAUUUCGAGAAGAAAGUAGACGGCACACAAGUGAUAGCUUUCUGCAAAUUCUGUGAUCAGUCCUACACACAGAAUGCAACCCGAAUGGAGAAACACUUGGAACGCUGUCCGAAAUGCCCGGACGACAUAAGGUUGCAGUUCAUGCAAGUGGGUGCAACCAAAAGGUCCAAAGCCAGACUUCUGGGAGACACCAUGGACGCCUGGGUGAAACAAGACGGUUCAAUCGAAGGUAAUAUUACCGAAACCGAAAUUGAAGAAUUAGAAAAUUGGGAAUACAGAACUCAGACUUAUGCAGAUGAAGGUUCGACUAGUGCUCCACAAACCGUUGAACUGAUCAUGCAGGGCGAUCAGUCCUGGGUCGGCCGUGAAACGGAAUUAGAAAGUGCAGAGCAUGAAGAAACUGUAACGAAAACCGAGUGGAUCGCUAGUCAGAGCAAUACGGAAUCAGCUGAUGCCCUGAUAAUCGUGCACCAAACUGCAAAUAAUUCUGAAAACCGUUCCUUAGCUGCUCCACAAGAACAAGCCCCAAGAUCUGUACCGAGAAAAAUUUACUAUCCGAGGAGAGUUUCACAGUGGCCUUUGAUUACUCAACGUGCAGCUCCGUCUCAUUCGCCUCUGCAAAGCAAGAUUUACCAGGAACAACUUUUGGAAAAACGCGCCCUAAGACGAGUGGCUGAGCUCGAAUUGCGCCGCAAGACUUUGGAAUUCGAAAGAUUCCAGUGGGAAUAUGAGAGGGAUAAGGCUCAAAGCGAUUUGAAAUGGGCUCAUGAAAAUCGUAUGAUGCAACUGAAGGAAGAACGUGAAAGACAAUUGAUUGAACAAGGUCGUGCCAGACUUUGCACGACUAUGAGUAAUUCCUAAACAUUAUAUAUCCUUUUAUAUUAAAUCAUUCCUUUCCAGAAAUACACUAUUACGUGUACCUCUAUAACUAACGCCCUUUUCGUUAAUGCUGCACGAAUUCGUGUACAAUUUUUCGAAUCUGCAAUGCUCAGAUUUCUUUAUUUGCUGUAAACUUUUUUUUAUAACAAAGUAUAAUUUAAAUGGCUUUGCGUAUAUUAAAAUUUUCCUGAUUUUAUAAUAAAGAUACUUCUGAAUUUUCCGAUCUUAAACUGAACUUGAAGAAACAAAAGUAUUAUAAAAUAUAAAGCAUGAAAUAAGCAACUUCAAAAUUGAGAGCCUGAAGUUAAUUUUUGUGGGCACUAAACGAUUGUCUGUUUGAAAAAUGUACAAUGAGCUUUAUUUUGAGAUUGUAAGUAGGCCUGUUGAGAAAAUUCAUAUAUUAUUUUUAAAACUUACCGUUAAAUAAGUUAAAAGUUGAAAAACGACUGAAUUAUUUUAACAGAAGUACUGUAUGUUAAAUAUAUUUAAAUUUAGUUUUAUGAUUUUUUUUAUUUGUCAGUGAAUACAUUGUUCAGAACAGUUACUUUUGUAGCCGAUAUUUUUAUUGAGCAGUCUUUAAUUUUUAAGAAAGACAAUUAUAUCAAAUAAUGUAUAUUGCGUAUUGCUAAAAUGUUAUCACAGUAAUUAUUUCUCCGUCUUGAUACAUAUUGUAUUGGUUGAAUUCGGUAGUUUGUAAUUUAAGCGUCAUUGAAUAAAUUAAUUUGGAAUAAAA